AGCACUGAGAUAGAGGUCAGCCACGGGCGCCGAGGCACGGUUGUCGGCGCUGAACCGGAUCUCGGUCCGGGACCGCAAACCGGAGCCGGCCGAUUGGCCGCGGCCGCGCAUGCUCCGUCGAGCGGCCGGAGCCAUUUUCCCCCGUGGCGCCGAGAGCGGCGCUUCACUCGCUGGCAGCCGGGAGGAUGGCGCUCGGUCAGCAGUUCCAGUCGGCUCCGGAGUACAGAUUUAACUUCAUUUCCUUGUCCCGGGACCCGCCUUUCCUCUCUCUCUCGUGUUGAAACGGAAGGUGCUUGUCAGAGUUGCUGCGAUUGUAUGGAAACCUCGAAGUUAACUGAGGCGAGAUCGUCGCGAAUGGUGACAGUACUGCAUUCACUCCAGAGUUUUGGUUCAAUGAUGUGUUGGAAUAAGCAAGAAGAAUAAUGUAGUCAUUAAAAUAACAACCAUAGAUGAAGAUUAUGGAUUUGGAUGAUCUUUGAUUUCCUCCCACAUUCUAUCACAUAGCCACGUUACUGCCUGGGAGAAGCACUGGAAUUUGAAAUCUGCUAUAAUAGAAAGUUGCCUCAUUGAUUUUUACAAGUCAAACAUCUAAUUUUGUGUAUUGGGUAACAUUCUCACAGUAGAUCUGUUUAGUUAUAUCGGCUAUCCAAGACGGCAUCAAAAGCUUAAGAAACAAAGAGCACAAGUCUUGAAUUCUGCUUGACUAUCAAAUAAAAUUUUCAAGAUGACUACAGUGUACAGAAGAAGAAAGCGCCAGUUUGUUCAGUUAAUUGUCACUUGUUUUUCCUGCUGCUUUGUUCUACUAUAUUGGGAGCAGUUAGAUGCAAAUAUCAUUAGUCAUUUGAGGUCUUAUUCUUACAGAUAUCUCAUCAAUAGAUACAAUUUUUUGAAUGACAGCUUGACUCUAAACAAGAAGGCAGCAGCUGAUCUUCAUAAGUACCAGUACUUGAUCACCCAUGAAAACAAAUGCAAAGAUCAGGAUGUUUUACUCCUUUUGUUUGUGAAAAGCUCUCCUGAAAACCGUCCUCGGCGGGAUGCUAUUCGUCAGACAUGGGGCAAUGAACAAUAUAUAAAUUCAGAGCUGAAGGUCACCAUUAAAGUCAUUUUUGUUUUGGGAGUACAUAAAGAUCUCUCCCAAAGAGAGACUGUGCAACAUAAGUUAUUGAUAGAAGAUCGGCAGUAUUCUGACCUUAUCCAACAGGACUUUGUUGAUGAUUUUCAUAACCUUACAUUGAAAUUAAUAUUCCAGUUCAAGUGGGCAAAUACUUUCUGCCAAAAUGCUAAAUUUGUCAUGUCCUGCGAUGAUGAUGUUUUUGUACACACUCCGAAUCUCGCAAACUACCUACAACAGCUGGAUAAAGAAACAAGUAAUUUCUGGAUAGGUCGAGUACACAGGGGUGCACCCCCUGUCAGAAACAAAGGAAGUAAAUACUAUGUUCCAUAUGAAAUGUAUCAGUGGCCUUCAUAUCCAGAUUAUACAGCAGGUGCUGCCUAUGUUGUGUCCCAGGAUGUUGCAGCCAAAGUCUAUGAGGCCUUAAUGACUCUAAACACCAGCCUUUAUAUUGAUGAUGUUUUUAUGGGGAUUUGUGCCAAAAAGAUGGGAAUAUCACCACAACCUCAUGUAUAUUUUGCUGGUGAAGGGAAGACCCCAUAUCAUCCAUGUAUUUAUAACCAAAUGAUGACCUCCCAUGGGCAUGUAGAAGAUAUGCACCAUUUGUGGAGGGAGGCCACACAUGCAAAAGUGACUUCUCUCACCUCUGGAUUCUGGGGACGACUUUACUGUCGACUGAUCAAAGUGUUCCUUCUCUGCAAACCUUACUAUGUAGACACAUAUCCUUGUAUUGCUGCGUUUUCCUGAUGCAGUUAUUCACAUUAAGUAAAAACAGCACUGAAUUUGUUAUGGUUGAAUGGGAUAGGGUAAGAGUAAAGAAAUUGAAAACAUCAAAUAGAAGAGUUUAAUUGAGAACAAAUUGACUUAUAACUAGGAACAUUUUAUGACUGGUCGUUUAGAUUUUCAGUAAGUGUAAGUUACCAUAAUCAGUUUACAAAAUAAGAAAUCAAAAAGAUACAUGAAGUAAAUGGAGACUUUUACCAAUACCUGCUGGUGCAAUUCUCCAGAAGCAUGUAUACAGAGAUCCAGUUGGGGGAAAUGGUGAGCAGUGAUCAAAUGCAGACAAAUAUAGCAUCUAGCCAGCUUUGAUUACUCUGCCAUGAAGCAUUUUGCCAACUAGUUCACAAAUUCUUAAAUACAUGUUCACAGUUUUAACAUGUUUAAUUAGAAUUUAAUAUUGUUUAAUGAUAUGAAAGGUACAAUAUAACAUUUGGCUGUUCCUACAUUUUGCACCUCAUAGCAAUUUCCUAAGCAGGAAAUACUCUUGGAGAUUGGUAUGAAAUAAGCAUCUAUUUUCACGUAGUUUUUUUCUUGAAAUGGAAGUUUACUGUUGAGACAAUUUUACAUGAAAUCAAACCUUCUCCCCUUCCACAAUGUUUUUCAACCAUUUUGGUACCUUGAGAAAAUGCUAUAAUUUUUAUUAAAGUAAAAUUUAUUUAAUCUUUCAGGUAUAUCAACAUCCAUCAAAUAUAUCUUGGAAAAGAAAUGCAAUCCAAACUAGUAUUCAAAUGAAUUGCAUGGCAUUUACAAAUCAGGGCUUUUAAGAUAUAGAAAAAAAAAAUUCUAAAAUUUCUAAAUAUUCUGCUGCCCUUGUUGCUGUUGCUCAAAUGCAGUAAAAUGAUAGCUAAAUAUUUCUGAUAAGUCUCUGAAUCUUUUGUUUGCAAAUUUGAGCCAGUGGUUUACAUGUGAAGAUGAAAUUUAACUUUUGUCUCAACUAAAAGGAAUUACUUUUUAAGAAAAUGAGUAUUCAGUAACUCUGCUAGUUUUCUUCCAUAUAUCACUUCUAUUAUAUCACUGAUCCCUCCUCAUUGAUGAGAAAAUAAAUCAUUCACUUCAUCUCAAAUGCCAUCAAUCCUGUGCGGUUGAUAAUGGCAGAAGAGCUGUGGUUUGAAUUGAGCUGGUUUUAGUCUAUAUAGCCAAGUGUAUGUGCAUUCAAAGUAAUGCACAUCCCAGGAAUGUGAACUAAAUUUUUGAAAAAAGUGUGGAAAUUGUUAAACAGCCACACUGUCUAGUUUAUUGUAUUGCUUGUUUUGCAUAUCUUAGCUUGUUUUUUAAAAUUUUGCCACAAUUUUUGCUUUGAUUUUGUGUGUAUACAAUAAGAUUGCAUGCUCUACAUCAAAUUAAUUUAAAAUCUGAUCUCUUUUGAAGUUCAAACAUAGUGUGAUUACACAAGUAACUAUGCUGAUUAAAAGCCCUAUGUUUCGAUUUUACGUACAAUUCUUAAUAUAUUAUACAUUAGAUAUGAACUAAUACCCAUUAAUUAUCUCAACCCUACACUGGCACCAAGCUCCUUCCAGAUCAAAAUUUGAUUUCUGUAGCUCCAAUUAACAGAAUCUGUAUCUAGUUCUGAUAAAUAUACACCCUUCCUCUCAUAUACACCCUUUAUCCUCCAUCCUGUUACUGUAAUUUUUGUCUUCCAUUUUCAGUGUGAUGAAAUAGAGUUCAGUAAAAUGUCAGCUUGGCUCCGUGCAUAAACAAUAUAAAUUAGUCUAAUGAUUUUCUGCACUUUAAAGCAUGAAAUGAUGAAUCCCUGCUUUUCCAAAAGCACAAUUCAUUUGCAAGCAUUCAACACCUUCUAAGGUAUAAAUUAGCAUGUCGCUGUUCAUUUUAGUAGCUUUGCACAAGUCUUCAGAAAUUUAAACUAAAUCAUACUUUUUUGGAUUCUGCUUUGCUGCAGCUGUAGAUUUUAUAGAAUAUUGAUAAAUACUGUAUUUAAUAAGCCAACUUAACACUUAAAAGAAUGUUAAAAUUUCCUUUUAUAAACCUUAAAUACUGGUUUGUCCCAAUGCUGGGUUUUGCAUUUGGUCAAGUGAAGUUGGGUGGCAUUAUUCAACCUGACACACCAAUGAGUCAGUUAACUGGACUGACUGCCACAUUUAUAAACCUGGAGGACUAAUGUGCAAUUUGCUAGCUUGACAAAGUUUGCUUCAUUAGAACAUUUAUUUUAGCUCCAGGAGACCAGUACCUUGCAUUUGUGCUACUGGGCUUGGCUUCUUAUCACAGCAUCAGCUUUGUACCCCAAAUAUUAAAUGGUUUGCAAAUGUAAUCUUUAAGGGGAAAAAAGUCAGCAGAUUAAAUGCUUAGAGUUGAUCCUCUUGAAUCAAAAGAGAACUGUAGCUUAAGGCAUGUGAGCUUUAAGCAAUCCUUAUAUAUUAUUUGCAGAUUAUUUAUACAAUAAAAUCUUAAUUAGGACAUGCUACCCACUGGCAUUGGGAUUCUGAACAAUUGAUAAUUAUGAUUCCAUGAACUGCAGUGAGAAAAUCUGAAGAGACUGUGUACUAAGGAAUUCCCCCCACCACCACCCACUAAAAUAUCCAACAUUCAUAUUUUGUAUAAUUAAAAGUACUGUGGAUUAGUUUUAAAGCUAGUAGUAGUUGAUUUAAGAAUUUGUGCUUUGUACCUGCAUAAAAAGUUUAUUUAAAAUUAUUUGGAUGUAGUUUCUCAAAGCUUGGAUGGGAGUGUAGAGGAGAAAUUUCAUCUUCGUCUAGAAAUGAUUCAGAAAUAAACGCCUGUAUUUACUAAAGAAAAUAAUCAUUAAUUUUCUUGAUUUUUAAAAACAAACUCACUUGACCAACUACAAUUGAUUUUCUUUUUUAGGAAAUUUAUUAAGAAUGCUUGUUUAAAUGAAUAUGGACAGACUUCACCCACUCAUUGUACAGUAAUUCAAUCUUUCAAACUUGCCAUUAAUUGCAUAUGAAUUGGCAUUUUCACUUGGGACAUGAAGUUAAGGUAGUUAUAGGAAAACACAUUUGUCUAUAAUGGAUGAACUUUGAGUUGGGCAGUUUUGAGGAAAUGCUGCAGUGUUGUUUCAUGUCUUUUCAAAUACCAAAGGUUGCCAGAACAAUUUAGUUCUUCAGAAUUGCUCAUAUAUUCAUCUAGUGGAUGUUACAUUAUGUAAGUUUACAUUGUUUUCCCAGAUUAUCAUUUUCUAGCUCUGAAUUGCCAUAUGUCACAAUCAUUUACACAUGCUCAGCAUAACACUUUGAAUAGAUCAUAAAUACAAUACAAAAGAAAAAUCACAAGUUCUGUUAGGAUGGUAUCCUGUUUCUUCGUGUCCCCCCCCCCCCACCCCAUACAUUAAUAGGAUUUAUUCUGAAUUUUUAAUAUGAAUACAUUUGAGGUGCCAUUAAAGUAACAAUUUUACCAUUUUCUAAAAUAUCACCAUAAAUGUUUUUUUUUAAAUUAAACUAUUGAAAACUUUGUCCUUCAAGACUUGAAUAUCAUACUUUGCAGUGUACAUUCUUAAUAUAUCUUGCUGUUAAAGGAAUAGGGUUUUCUGUACCUUAAACUAUAGCUAGAAAGGGCUAGAGGUUGCACUAUUAAUGAAAUUGGUUACACCUCUUAAUUUUGUACUUACAACCUAUCUUGCACAAACUGUUUCACCAUUCAGGUUAAAAUAGCUAAUUUUGAGUUUUUAAGCCAAAGCAGUUUUUGUAGUCACUUAAAUUAUCUGAAAUGCAGUGCACAUAUUUAAAGGUUUGUAUAGCUAUGUUUGGAAAUGUGUACUUUACCUCACAGAAUUUUUACUCAAUUAUAAGCCUUGUAUUUAUGAAAGGGUUUGAUGUUUUGUUAAGCCCUUUUUGGAAUCCUCAUGCUAGUUUUGCACCUGUUUAAAUUUUCUAGCUCAGCUAGAAAAUAUAUUUUUGUAUUUUGACAUUUUUCAAAUGUUAUGAAUAACUGGACAUAAAUAAAAGUUGUAUAAAAUAUCAAAUUUUGUUUUAAUUAAUAAUUCAGAGUUCUGCAUAAAUAGCUAAUGCUGAACAAAUAAUAAUGCAUGUUUUCUCUCCAGUUAAGUGGACAUAAAAUAUUUUAUUAUUUUAAAGUGAGUUUUAGGGAAGGAAAACAUGUUGUCUAACAGGAAUGGGAAUGCUGACAAAUGCUCCAACUUUUGAAGAUGGGUAAAUGGGAGGGAACAACAGUUGGGGAAACAACUGCACUAUAACAAAGGAACCAGUGGUAGCAGAAUUGAGAUCUGGAUGUUGUGGUCAAUUUAAUGGAGAAACUGAACAGGUGCUGUUGGAUUUUAGAAACAGUAAUGUAAAUGAAAGGGAGAUUCUAUUUUGAGGUACAAUUAUUGCAAGGGUAGACAAUAGUCAAUUUAAGUGCCAUAAAUGAAUCUUUUGAGAACAGAUUAGCUUUGUUUUACCUUAAUCACAGUGCCUUUAAAGCAGAGAACCAUGUCUAGAUAUGCUACCAAAUUAAGUUUAAUACCAAGCACAGCAUUACUAUGAGCUGGGGAGUGAGUGUUUAGUCUGAGGCUGAGAGAUGUUGAGGGGCGAAGGAGUUUAAGCCAGGAGCCCAGGCUGGUGGAGUGGGGACUGUCACUAGCCAUUUUUAAAAUUGGGAAUUGCCAUGCAUCUGAAAUUGGUAUAGAUAAUUGGAUGGUUAGAAUGAUUUCUAGGAAUUGGAAGGCAAGAGUCGUGCAGGUACUUAGUGUAAUGAGGAAGCAAAUUUUAAAAUUUGGUUCCAGAGAAACAAUGCAUCAAUAUAUAUAAACUGCUGAGUAAAUGGGGAUAGAUGAUUGUAGCCAAGUUCUCUCCAGCAACUUCCUCUUCUCACCCCACUAUCCAGCACACCAGGGGGGAAAAAACUAAAGCUGAAUAAGUCUAUGCAAAAUGUGAAAUUCUAAAGAGUAGUAUCUGACCAAUUUAGAUCUUCUUUAAUAUCUUCAUUGUUUUUGCUCUGUUACAUGACCCUCAUGCUGCAAGUGCUGGGCAGUCAAGAGUUUACAAUAAAUAAUUUGAAGUGUCUGGUUUUAAGAUUUAGCUUUGUAAUUGUGGCUGCAGGUUUGUCAUCACAACAUUGUUGCUACAUAUUGAUACGCUUAUGAGCCCUUUUUAAAGUAUGAGGUGAUGUGUUCUAAACAUCCUUAUGAUUACUGUGGUGUUCAAAUUAAAAACAAUUUUGAUAAUGAUUCUUUAUUAAUAAAGCUAAUUAAAAAGACUUGUAUUUCUAUCACAUGACUUCACUAUGACCCAAAGCACUUCAGUCCAUGAAGUGCUUUCUCCUCUCUGCCAUCAGAUCUCUGAAUGGCCCAUGAAACCACAAGCACUACUCUUUUUGCACAGUUUUGUUGUAACUUAGGUUAUGUGUCUUGCACAAAACAAAAAAAAAAUCAGAACAUAUGCCAGUGAUGAUAAGCCUGAUUGCUUAUUAUGCUGUUGCAGAAACAGCAAUAUGGUCGUGGUCAAAAUUCUGUUGCUUUAAUGUGAAAUUGUGUUUUCAGACUACACGUUUGGCCUAAAUUUAACAUCUCAUCUAAAAUGUGGCAAUCUUAUCACGUAGUCAUUUAAACACUGGUACAUUAGCCCAGAUUCUUGUCGGGAAACUAGAGCAGAAGUUGAAAUUGGAAUCAUCUUAUUUGGAUUAAGAACUGAAAGAAAUCAAGUCUAACAUUUGAAAAGAUAAGAAAUAGUUCUUUGCAUGUUUUGUUUGUAAAGGGGAUCUUUCUCCUAAAUAUUUU